AUGUCAUUCGCUAAUAUAGAUCUUGAAGCUCAAAAACAGCCGCUACUAAAAAAUUCAUCUGAUGUAAGUUACACUUCAGUCGACAAUGAUGUUAAUAUACUAGAUAAUAUUAUAGACAAAACGUCACGACAGUUACAAUCAUUUAACUCACUAAUUUCUCAAUUUGAUCAACAAAGAAGACAAUUGGGUUCAAAAAGAGAUACUUUACAAUUGAGAACAAAUGUUGAUAAGUUGGUAACCAAUAUAGAGGAGCUACAUAAAGCCAUACAACAUUUAAUUACCAAUCUAUCAAAUCUAAUAAAUAAAUCAGUUGAUGAUAAAAACAACGAAUACGAUGAGAAUAAAUUGCAAGUAACGAACAAACAAGUGGUUAUAAAAGAGAGAUUAGUUGGAGAGUUUAAUGAGUUGGACAAAAAAUUCAAAAAAUUGAUAAAAAUUUAUAAUGAAAAGAAGAAAAUAACUCCUAUAAACACGAAAUUUCAGUCUAUAAGCAAACAGCAAGAUCAUGACCCUGAAUCCCGUCACCAACAACUGCAAUUACAACUAACGCAAGAGCGGGAACAGGAACAAGAACAGGAACAGAUGGAUCCAUCAUUGGUCGAGCAAACUGAGUUGCAGUAUCAUCUACAGCUUACGGAGGAAAGAAAUAGAGAGAUUGAACAAGUUCAUGAAAGUGUAAUGGAGGUGAAUACAAUCUUUAAAGAUUUAAAUCAAUUGGUGCAUCAGCAAGGGGAGCAAUUAAAUACCGUAGAAGACAAUAUUUUGCAAUUACAUGGUAAUACUCAACAAGCGUCAACUGAAUUAACCAAAGCAAAUGAAUAUCAAAAGAAAAAAGGUAAAUGGACAUGUAUUUUAUUAGUUGCUUUGACUAUAUUAGCUUUAAUAGUAGUAUUGAUAGUUAUAAGUUAA